AAAAUAAACAAAAACAAUGAGCACGAAUACAAAGAAAACAGAAUGCGAGAGUCGCGUUUAUCUUGAGUUCGGAAGCGCGCUUGGGUCCGCGCUAGUAUGCGUCCGGAAACCAUGGGCCGCGGAACUGAGCUCUCCGCUGCGGGAUCUCUCUGGAUCAGUGUGUUCUGGCUGAUCGGUGGAGCUCUGGUGGCCUCCGCCGCCUCCUCCGACGAAGUGCUACGCUGCUUUCAGUGCAGCGAUUCAGACAUCUCGUGCGGCUCUCCGCGGAAUCCCCUUGGCAAUGUGCUGGAGUGUCCCAACUCGACCAUGUGCUCCUACACCGAACGGACCCUGGUGCUAAAUGGACGCGAGUGGACCAAGACCUUGAGGGGAUGUGCCAACCAGGUCCAGCGCACCGUUGACCUGGUCAACCGGAAGUGGGAGUUUGGCUACGAGGUGAAGGAUCAAUACGAGGAGGGCUGCGUGCGUAAGGACAAGGUCAACUACUGCCACUGCCGGGGAUCGCUAUGCAACUCGUCAAGCUGGCCAUCAGUUGACUUCCGACUGCUGAUCUUCGCCAGCAUCGUACGACUCCUCCUUCUUUCCGGCUAGUUGGAGACACUUUUUGGGGUGUGUUACCCAGCGCACUUCCUGCCGCCGUCUCACAUAGUCUGAAAAUAUGUAGUAGCUUUAAGCAGAUUAUGGGCUUACGUGCGACACUUUCCAAAGGUGAAGCCGAGAAGCCUUGUCAAUAAAGUCAGUCACACAAACUUGUUCCUACUUGACCGG